AUGGGCAAACGGAAAUCUGCUCCCUUCAGUGGGCAACAAAUCGUUUCAAAGAACUCAAUUGCAGCUAUCUUUCCAACUUUUUUUCUCAUAAAAAGAGUUUCCAAAACGAAUGAGACUUUCCAUUCAGUAUCUCCUUUCUUAGUUGAAAAACGCAUCACUGGAAAUAUCGGAGAAGUAAAGUGCACCAAGAAGCUCCGUUCCGGAGACUUACUAGUAGAAGUUCUGUCCCGGAAACAAUCGCAACAUACAAUGAAAUUGAAGUCAUUCGGUGAUAUCCAAAUCACCGUUUCUCCACAUGUUUCUUUAAAUUCCUCCAAGGGAGUUAUCUCCUGCGGAGAAAUGUUCAAUGAUGAAAAGGAAGAAAUUCUCAAAGAAUUGAAAAGCCAGGGGGGGAGUCAUGUAAGACGUAUAUCAAUACGGAGAAAUGGCGAACUCCAUAAAAAAAAAUAUUUGAUUUUGACAUAUGGGUUUCCAAAACUGCCAGAAUACAUUAAAGCAGGCUAUAUGCGUCUUCCAGUAAGACCGUAUAUCCCCAGUCCACUGCGUUGUUUCAAAUGCCAACGUUUUGGGCACUCUAAAACUUCUUGUCGCGGGACACUGACCUGCGCCCGUUGUGCAGAUGUCGGUCAUGACAGUUCGCAGUGCAACUCUGUCGAAAAGUGUGUAAACUGUAAAGGUGCACACACCUCGUAUUCUAGGAAUUGCCCAACGUGGUUGCUUGAAAAAGAAGUAAUAAGUACAAAAAUAAAAAAUCAGAUAUCUUUCACCGAAGCUCGGAAACUUGUGAAAUCCCAAAGCCCUACAGGUACUAGCUAUGCUUCCAUAGCUCAGACAAAGACUAAACAGUCAAAAUCUUUUAAUAUAUCGAAUAAUUCUUUGGCUUUAGAAAAAUCAGUUGCAAUUUCCGACAUACAAUCUAGUUCUAAUUCAACUAAACUAAGUAUUACUCAAAAUGAAAGUGUGUCAGUUCCACCCUGUGAUGUUGCGACAGCUUCACAGGAUUUGCCUGAUUUUCAGUUAGUAACAAAGAAAAAGAAAUAUAAAAAAAAACUCUGA